UAAUAAUAUUCUACAUCAUGAUGUUCGUUGCAAGAAUAUUUUGAUAACAGAAGACCUGACGGCUAAAAUCUCGGGGUUUGAAGUGUCUCAUAGUGUGCAAAGUGAUUCUUUACCUAUAAAGAAUUUAAGUGAUUAUAUUCGCUGGAUGUCUCCGGAAAUAAUGAAAGGAAAACGUUACACUUAUUAUAGCGAAAUGUUUAGUUUUGGAAUGCUUCUUUGGGAACUUUGUUAUGAAAGGGUUCCAUACGAAAAGAUGGCUGUGCAAGAGAUACAGGAACAU